CGUCGUGUACGUCUUGAAUCUCUGUGCUCAAAGAUGGACCGGAAGCCGAAAGAGCUCGCUUGGAGUGAUGAACAAACUUUUGAUUUGUUAGAAAUCAUAGCCAAAGAAACUGUGACCGAUGAGUUCCUGAUUGGCGGCCCAUCGGCACGCCAAAACUUCGAAAGCGUCUACAAAAAUAUCGCGAAAAAAAUGUGGCUCUGCGGACACAUCCAUAUGAACGGGCACGAUAUACAGGCGCGCUGGGAGAAAUUGCAGCGCUGUUACAUCAAGGCGGAGCUCUCGGGAGAUUCAACCUUUGCUGGGCCGUUCUACGAGGAGCUCCAUGAACUGCUAAGUGGCGAGCGAAAAAGGGAGAGCCCAACAAAUGACAGCAAUACCACUGGGGAAUCACCGGAAGAAUCCGCGAAUGGCCACGAAGAAUCCCACUCUUCGAAAAAAACAUGCCACAAUGCCGUGAUGAGGAAAAUCAAAAAGUUUCGCAACACAAACGACGGAACUUACUACAAGCGAUGCCAACAACUGAACGAGUACGCAGGCACACUGUCCGGAAUGUUGUCGCAAGGCCGCAAAAGUCGGUUCAACAAAGUGCUACUCAGAAACAAGAAUUCGUCCUACCGCCAUUUCGAACGGAUGCUCGAUGGAACAAACGAUCAGUUCAUUUUUCAAAAAAUCAGAGCGCAACACCAUUAACAGAGCUGAGAUCAACGAAGGAAGAGGAAGGUUGAAGUGAUAAUAAAGUAAUCCUAGCACCGCACAGGUGCUAGUUUAUUUUCUAUAGA